CCCCCCCCCCCCCCCUCGCUAGUGCUUGGCUGGUGAUCUGGGUGCCUGUGUAGCCAUCUGAAGGGAAAUAACGCCCCAGGAUUCUGGGAUACAACUGAUACUCGUGGGAAACAUAAUCUAGCCCUCUGCCUGCUUUGCUUUUCUGCCUUAAGCAUCACAGAACUGGGCAAAGGUACGAUUUACAUCUCUAAACCUCACUCAUGACCUAAAGCUAAUUCCGAUUUGCUGAAGAUGAUCUGGAGUGCGUGCCUGUUUAGAUUUUUGGUCAGCCACUUUUUAAAGAAGUAAUUAAAAGUCGCGCUUUUUAAAAAUUUUAUUAGCCAACUUAUAAUUUUGGGGUAUUAGGCAACAAGAAGAAAUAUUGUUUACUUUGAAUUCUUAAGUGGACCUUCGUUAAUACUGUAUAUCCAAGACAGGAAAGUUGGGGGAAAAAAAAAUAAACAUCAACUUUUACGUUUUGUUUUGUUUUUUUUUGCUAUAGUUGUUUUAGUUUUGAUCUUAAAACAUUUAGCAGGAAGAAAAUUUCUUAUUUAGGGAGACUAAAGUCAGAAACCAGACUCAGUGGGAUGUGUCCAGUUUGCAUUUCAUGGGCUGAGUCUCUAUGUGCAAAAUACGGUGCCUGUUAGCAAAACAAACCACCGAGCAACCCCCAGAGUAAAGACUUAGACAGAGGGAAAAGAUCGGUGGGGGCGGAGGGGAGUAUCAGAACACGGGACAAUCAAAGACUGUUAUUUUAAUCUGCUGGGCCCCGAAGAUUAACGGACCACAUUGUUUUAAUUGUUUUAAUAGGAAGGAGAGGAACGCCCGUUUAUUGAGGGGGAAUCUUUGCCGCAAACCUACCAAGUUCAAUAGUUUCAAAAACUCGAGCCCUUGGACCCCCAAGCCCCCAUCCUCGGACUUUUUUUUUAACCUCAUCCCAACUAAUCCAGGCUAAUGCCUUUCUUUCUAUUGGCUAAUGGUUGAGGGAAAACUGGAGUUAAUGCUUCUUAAAUAGUGGAGGGUGAGAAUGUGCCACGAAGAACUUUAAUCCUAACCCGACAAACGCAGUACGGAGAGAAGAUACCGAGGCCGCAGCGUUAAUUCAGCUGAGCUAUCCGACCUACAGCUAAAACAGCUGUUAUUUGUGCGCAGUAUCCUAACCGCCGAAAACGUCCGUAAGUAUCAUGUAUUUUAUACCAAACUAAACUUAAAACUAAAAAAACAGCCUUCAGUACUUUUUCAUACUUAACUAUUUAUCGAUAUAUAAUUAUGAAGAUUAUUGCGUUAUAGCUACUGUACAUAUUAUACUACAGUACUAUAUUAUUAUUAAACAAUACGAAUCAAAUUCAGGCAUAAACGAAUUCGUUUUGUACUCUUUACAUACUUGGAUAUGCAGCUUUUUCAGAUAUGUUAAUUUUUUUAUGUACAUCAUCCAUAUUUGUCUUAGAUUCUGCUGAGUAGUGUUAUCAAUGACCCCAAGUGGUGAUUUGUGUGCUAUCUGCUAUUUCACUUUAAAUUAAAUAGUCAGGAAUAUUACAGGUCAUUUUGUACAACUUAAUAAAAGAAUCCGCACUGUUGGGCGUCAUAUUAAGAUGACAUAACGCUUGUUUUUCAGAGACACCGCAGUCCGCAGCUGCCGAUAUGAAUUCCGUAUAUUUUUGCGGAAGAUCGGGGGCCAGCGGCGCCUAUCCGCAGCACGGCGUCACUUCCCUGGCUGUUAUUUAUGACCUGCACCGCCAGAUGGCAGGACAGCACCGGAUUACUUCCACGGGCAGCCCUUCGGGUCACACCGUCUCAGUUGCCGAGAGAUUAGCAGAGCUGAUCCUGGAAGCACGUUACGGGAAUCAGCAGAAGCAGCGUCGCAGUCGCACGGCCUUCACCGUCUCGCAGCUGCAGGCUCUGGAGAAGGCCUUCCAGCAGACUCCGUACCCGGAUGUGGGCAUGAGAGAGAGGCUGGCCGUCUGCAUAAACCUACCCGAGGCACGUAUCCAGGUGUGGUUCAAAAACCGCCGGGCCAAGUUCCGCAAAGGUCAGCGGUUUGGUACGGCUCAGAGGGAGAGGUGUGCAGAUGAGCCCCAACACAUACUGGAAGGAAGCGAAGAGGACAAGGGAGGAGACAUGGACUCCAAGCUGUUGAGCAAAGCUUCUCCUUUCAGGGGCAUCGGUGAUGGGUCUGUCGAGCCUGUUUCUGUAGAUCCUGGGGCAGCCCACCCUUAUGUAGGCCACCUAACACCCACAGUGUCUCCCUUUGGCGGCCGGGACUCUCACCUCCACAUGCAGAAUCAUCAUUCUUUGGGAGUAUUUUCGGCUGGCCUGCAUUUCACCCCUGGAUUCUGGCCCCUGUACCAGGCACAAAACAGUCCUGCGUUCGGCCUCCCUCCUACAGGUGCCGGCCACAGCUUCACUUUUCAGGCCGUGACCCCUGGCGCCGUCCUACCACGUUCACAGCUGGACUUGUAGCGCAGCCCCAACCAGCACAUGGUAGCUGGCACUGGAGGGGGGAGGGGGGGGGGGUUCGCGUGUGCAGAUGAAGAGGACAACAAAAAAGAGGAACAAAGCGGGAGCCGAAAUGGUGGAACCCUACUGUAGCUUUCAAACAGCAAAGGGAAUGCUUUAGCAAAUCCUGAAAUGUUAAUUACAUCCCAACCCAAAGUUAGAAAAUGACACCUUUGUGCUGCUGGAUUACUGGCACUUCCACAUGUGCUGUUUACUUAGCAGUUAUUCUUGUAUUAAUAACACGGCUCUGAAUGAGAGCUGUCUGAGCUCGGUCUGUUUUCAGACUAUAAUAACUGCCCUUUCUAGGUGUUGCCCAUGUCAUGGUGUCAGUCAAUAAUGGAAAACGGAGGUUGCCGAAUGCUUAAGUGGGACUGAUGUAGAGGUGAGUGGAAAAACAGACAUGGUAUGAACUCUUUAUGACAGCAUAGGUACCUAGAAGCACUAGGAUUUUAUUCAUUAUAACUUCUGUGCACCAGAGGCCACAAUAUUAAAUGUCUUUAUUUAAUAAAUUGUUUCUGUAGCGUUCUGAGGCUUUAAUGAGGGCAGCACAUUACAUUUCAGAAAAAUGACUAAUGUUUCCUUAUGUACAUACCUAUAAGCAGUGGCACCUGCAGAAAAUUUUGAUUGGGGUGGCCGACGGGGAACAGCUAUGUUUCGAGGGGGGGCUGCAUGGCACUCUGUCUCCUCUAUGGUCCUUCUUAGAAAGUACUUCACUGGACACCCCUCUAAGAAUUUUCCAUUAAGAAGUACAAGAUGCAUUUUGUUCUGAUUUUGGAACAACGUGUGCCUCCAUUUUCAUCAGAUUAUUAUCAAAGGAGUCCGAAGGACGUGAUACCCUGGCAGAUUCAAGGGGCACAGCACUUGUCAGGGAGCCUCGAAUAUGUAAAAUAAAACACAAAAAACUACUGAGAAUAUUUACACACUGUCUUUAUUGUGGCCAAAGUGGAUUGUAAGUUUAACUCGUUGAUAUUCUGAAAAAUCUUGUUCUUCGUCUAAGACCAUGGUUAUGAUAGGAAAGAUCAGAUGAUUAAAAGGGAAAUCAUCUCGAAGUUUUGCCAGAUUACUUCCUCCAGACUGGCUAGUAAAACAAUGGAAGAAAAACAGACAAAAUUCACAAAUUAAUGUUAUUUUCCUAGUU